AUGAAGAGAAGUAGAGAGGAUGAACCUACUCAUCCUCCUACUAAUCCAUCUCUUGCACACAGCAUCAUUCCAUUCUGGGAUGAGUACUCACAACAAGUAUCGGAUAAGCUUUGGGCAUGUUCAAGAGAUUCCUUUCAUGAGUUUAAUCAGUACAACAACAAGGGAUGCACUGACGGAUGGUUCAACUUUUCUCAAUUCACUGUAAUUGAAUCCAAGCCAGUGUUUGAUGUUCCACUCAAUAUUCAUCACUCUAUAACAGAGAAUGUGGCUUUUGAUAACUCUAAAAAGCCACCUCAGCUCAAGAAAGCAAAAAAGAAUCAAAAGACGCCCCAAAAAUUGCAAGCAGACAAAUCGAUGAAAAUUCGUCUCUACCCCAAUGAACAAGAAAGGACAACAUUGAAUCAGUGGAUGGGAACUGCUCGUUGGAUCUACAACAAGUGUUUAGAAUUCACCUGUUUCUACAUUGUAAACAACAACAAGAGUUUGGAAUUAAUUGGAGGAAAACUAAUGGGUUUGUGA